AUGUCACCACCAGAAGCUGUUCCAAUGGAAGUUGCUUCUACACCUGCGUCCAAUGCAGCAACAACAACCACCCAGCCUCACGAACCAGACUGGGACAAGCUGGCGGACAAACUGCGACGGAAGUUGCACCAUAUCCAAGUCUCCCUAAAACGCUCCGGCAAAAAGGGUAAAGCAUUCGUCCUGCGCGCCUUGCUCAAGAAGGCUAGGUUUUAUCGACAUAAGCUGGACAAUCCGCAGAAACCGAAAGCGAAGGAUGACGGAGAGGAAGAGGACGAGGAGGAGAAAGCGGCAAAAGCGCAGGCGGUGAAGGAGGAGUGGGAGAGGCAGUUGAGGAAGUUUGAGGAGCAGCUUGAUGCGCUGAAGACGCUAGAUACAGCAACGCUCCUCCAAUCCACAUUCCUAUCAGCGCUCAAAAAGAGCACAUUACCCGACACCGACCGGCUGAUAGGAUACUGGGACACACGAGACGGUAGCGGCGGAGUCGAAGGAGCAGCCGAGGCCGACUCCGACGCAGCCGGCGAAACACAUACCCCUCGCACGAAAUCGACCGACCCACAACGCUCACUAACCCCCCUGGAGCAGCGAAUAGCCACCGCUGCACCCGUCGAAGCCGCGGUGAAAGAAGCGAUCGAGGACCUGUUUGUGAUCAUCACAGGCCGGACGUCGACGGGGGCGAGGGCGGUGAAGAAAUCGCAGUUGGCGAAACAGGCGAAGGAGAACACGAAGACGAAAACGAAGACAGAUACGGCGCUGAAAAGGAAGAGAGGUGUGAAAGACCACGAUGACGAUGGGGAUAGUGACAGCGACACCGCAAAGAGACGCCCGAAACUCGCCUCGACGUUCGUCACCGCCCUCGGCGGCGGCGACGACAGUGCCGACGAAGACGCCGCCGCGAACGAUUCGGACGAUUUCAGCAUGUCCGAGUACGGCAGCGACGCAGCGUUCAGCGGCGACGAGAGCGAUGCGUGGGAACAGAACGAUAAGAAGCUGAAGAAGGAGGUUGUGAAGAAGAAUAGGCCGGGGCAGCAGGCGCGGAGGGCACGAGCCGAACGCCAAUUCGGCAAAAAAGCAAAACACAUCCUCUCCGGGAAAAAGUCCACCACAGAGCACUACGAAGAGAAACGGAAAGCCACAUUCAAACCCUCUCGCGGGGCGGCCGCAAAGACUGAUGUGCGACAUCACUCAUACCAGCGACCAGCCACUGGGGAAUCAGCAGCACCGGCGAAGGGGAAUACGAAGGCGGAACCGCUGCAUCCGUCGUGGGAGGCGAAGCGGAAGGCGAAGGAGGCGCAGACGGCGGCAAUGGAGGAGGCGAACAAGAAGGCGAAAAAGAUUGUGUUUGACAAUGAUUCUGAUUGA